AUGGAUUUUUUGAAAGAAGGCGGUUCAGUUUCUCGUCCUCCAUUCCUAGACGGUUCAAACUACUCUUAUUGGAAAGCACGUAUGAAGGCGUUCAUCAAACCUAUUGAUGAAAAGGCAUGGAGAGCUGUCUUGACUGGUUGGGAGCAUCCAAUUACAAAGGAUUCUGAAGGGAAUGAGAUAUUGAAGCCCGAAACUACUUGGUCAACCGAAGAGGACAAGUUGGCGAACAACAAUUCUAAAGUGUUGAAUGCUAUCUUCAACGGGAUAGAUGCGAACCAAUUCAAGCUCAUUUCAAUGUGUAAAACAACUAAGGAUGCAUGGGAGACAUUGCAAACGGCACAUAAAAAUACGGCUGCCGUGAGACUCUUUAAACUUCAAAUCCUUACUACAAGGUUUGAGAAUCUUCGAAUGCAAGAAGAUGAAACAAUUUAUGAGUUUAAUUCAAAAUUGUGUGAUAUUGCUAAUGAGGCAUUUUCCAUUAGAGAGAAAAUAUCAGAGGAGAAGCUUGUGAGGAAGGCCUUGAGGUCACUUCCACAGAGGUUUGCUUACAAGGUGACAACUAUCGAGAAAGCCAAGGAUGUCCAAACAAUGAAACUUGAUGAGCUAAUGGGUUCUUUGUGUACUUUUGAGAUGAAUCUGGAUGAAAACAAGGAAGGAAAGAAGGAGAAAAGCAUUGCCUUUCAAGCCGAAGUUGAUUCUGAUGCUGAAGAAGACUUGGCCCAGUCCAUAACAAGACAUAUUCAAUCCGAAUGCGCCAAUACCCUCAAGAAGAAGAAGAAGUCAUUUAAUGCAACUUGGAGUGAUGAAGAGUUAGAAGGCAGUCAGAAAGAUGACGAACAUGUGAGCAACUAUGUUGCUAUGGACGUUUCUGCUGAUAUGGACGUUUCUGCAGAUAGUGUUACAAAAGGUGUCGCAGACAGUGUUACAACAAAUCUUGUAAUAGAUUCCGUAAACAGUGAAAAUAAAGGAGAUUUUUCAGAUUCUGAAAGUAACAGUGAUGGUGAGGAGUUGACUAUUAAUGCCAUACAAGGAUCCUAUAAGACCAUGUUCAACAAAUGGGUUAAAGUGUAUGAUAUAAAUAAGUCUCUACGGGAGCGCGUCGAUGAUCUUGUCAAAGAGAAUUAUGUGUUGAAGAGAGUUGCUGAUAAUUAUGAAUUGCUUGCAGCAGAGAGAGAAAAGAAAUUGUAG